GGUCAAAACAUUUGCUGCUCUCCAUAUGGCAAAUCUUUUUGUCCCUCUGUUUCCAAAAUGUCGGGAGGCAUGUCCCCUGGGCAAACUGGUGGGUAGAGCCUGGGUUCAUACAUUCCCAAGAUACCCAAGUACCAUUUUGGUUGGACAAUUAGUCAAACUACUGUUAUCGAUGAAACAGAGAGAACAAUCUAAAGUAACUCCAAUACAUUUGUUAAGAGGAUGGAUUACUGUGCCAGGCAGUUUUAUAAGUGAUAUUUCAAUGUGCAACCAAAUUCCCGUGUAAACUCACUGCUGAAACAUAACAUAGAUACAGACCAUGGGCACAAAUUGUGGAUCAUAUAAAAAGCAAGGCAGGGCUGCUUCUGUUAGGUUGAUUCUGAAUCCUAUAUAAAGACGGACUAUUGUGUCAGCAAUAUUGUAACCCAGACGCCGCUCCUCUGUAAAGGGAUUUACUGAUGAUAAAAAGAAUGAAUACGCCCCUUUACAUCUCUUGCACAAAACAAAAUGUUGGCUUGACGUCAUACUCUUUACAAACAGAUUUGAAACGCCUAGCUAUCUCUAACCCAAUUGUUAAUGCACCGCCUGCCAUGAAAAUCUACUUCCAGGUUAUCGCUAAUCUUCGUAGGAACCGGAACUGAUCGGGUUUACAUUUACUCGCACACGUUGGAACGCUCAUCAACCGGAAGCGGAAGUUAAUGUACAGCUCCAGUAGUUUCCCCGUUGCGGCAUGGUUGUUGGUACAUGACAUGCAGUAGGCUAGUUCUUUUCACCUUGGCAAGGUUGGUGAGAAUUCCUGACGAUGUAAUUUGCGAUGUGUUUUGGAUCAUCUACUAGGUUUGGAAAAUGGCAUUCGUGAAUAUGCUUUUGCGAACCAUUCAGUGUUCUUCUGUCCGUACUUUGGUGCAGGAAGGUGGAAGUUGGUCAUUAUUAAAAGUUUUGCGUCAAUUAACUCCGUCUAGAAGGAUAAUGAUAUCCCACCAUUUGAGGAAGGAAGAUGUCAAGUCAGAACCUAAUGAAACAUUAGACCUGGAAGAGUGGAAAAGCAUCUUGAAAUCAGGCAUAGAAAGUUAUGAAACCAAAAAAACAGAGACACAGGAAGAUCCCUCUCUAAAUGGAAUGCGGGAACUUGUGGAAAUGUGGAGACUGGCCGGUAGGGCAGUGCCUCAGUCAAUUACAACAGAGCAGUUACAAGUCCUCAUGGAGCUUCCAACAAAAACUGCUAGAAAAAAGUACUUAAAAUACCUGUCUGUUAGGGAGAUUAUUAAAACAAACCAGAAAGAGAAGAAAAAAGAACUUAAGGAAAGUAGUAAAUCUAAGAUGGAAAACUUGGAUCAGUUCGAAACAAAAGAAGGUAACCCUGAAAAGAAAAAUACUUUUUUAUUACAUGUUUGGGAUAAGUCUAUAGAUACAGUGCAACGGUGGAAAUGUGCCCAAGCAAUGAAAUUUGGACUACCAUUAGUGUUUGAUAUGGUAUAUGAAAAGUAUAUGUCACGGUAUGAGUUAGAGAACACCGUUUGUCAACUUAUGGAAUCUGAAGGUUGGAACAGAAGAAAUGCUGAUCCAUUCCAUAUAUAUUUCUGCAACCUGCAGUCUGGUGGCCCAUACCAUAAAGAAUUGGUAAAGCGCUAUAUGGGAGCUUGGGAUAACAUCUUUAUCACAGCCACAGAUAAACCUCAUGUUGAAAUGUUUCCUAAAGAACAACUUGUGUACUUAACAGCCGACUCCCCAAAUGAGUUAAUACACUUUGACCCUACUAAAAUAUAUAUUAUUGGUUCAUUAGUUGACAAAUGCCAACAAACAGGAUUAUCUUUAGCAAAUGCCAAAAGGCUUAAUCUAGCAACUGCAAGACUUCCAUUAGACAGAUACUUGAAAUGGGAUGUUGGUGCGAAAAAUCUAACCCUUGACCAAAUGAUUCGCAUUUUGCUAUGUUUAAAGGACACCGGUGACUGGAAAAAAGCUUUGUCCUUUGUUCCAACCAGAAAGCAUGAUGGUUUUGUGGAACGUGCUGCCUCUAAGAAAAGGAAUUUUAUACAUUUUAAAAAUGAUGGUGCUGUGGAACAUGCUCCUUCCAUGAAAGAAAACUUGCUGAAAAGUUCCAAAACUUACGAGUUUGGUAAAAGUAAAUCAUUUAUCAAACCAGAAAGGACCCAAGAUAGUUCCAUAAGAUCAACAAGGAAAAGAUGGUGGGAGUAGGAAAAUUAAUGCAAUUUUUGUAAAAAUUAAUAUUGGUUUUCCUUUCACAAGUAAGACAGUUAAUGAUUCUGUUAAAGUAUAAUUAAUCACAAACCAACAUUUCUGUUGUAGCACAUAAAACAUUUUUUUCAAGA